CACCGCGACACCGGCGCAGCUCGGAGCGGCGGCUGCCGGGUAGCCGGGUUCAGCCCCAAGGGGGUGGGGAAUCAGGAACGAAAAAGCCUUUUUUCCCCCCCACUACUCCCUCUGCAGCCCCCCAGCACGGAGGCAGCACCCCCCCUUCUCACUCUCUCUCACACACACACACGGGAGCAGCAUCUCCCGACGAGAUCCGCGUCCUCAGGAGGCAUCCGGGGAAGGGAAAUCCCCGAUGCGAGAGUGACUUGUGGGGUUUUAUUCUUACUAUUUUUUUUAGGGAGGUUAAAUCGGGGCAAACUCCCUUGUUCUUCAGGGAGAGCUGGUCCCCUCCCCUCCCCCACCAAGUCCCCUUUAAAACCCCGCGCGAGGAAGACCUGGAAGGACCCCACGGAUCCGGAGUGACCCUUGGAUAUUAAACCGGAGCGAGGGAGGACUCGGGAAGGCGAUCCCACCCCGGCUGGUCACCGAAUGGACCAGCAGCCCAGCGCCAGGAGCUGCAGCCGGGGUGCCCCAGCCUGCGAGGCCGUCCCGAACGAGCCCUCCAUGAAUCUGUACAUCAACACCACCACCGGGACCCGUUAUGAGCUCUCAGUCCCCGUGGAAGAGACGGUGGAAGGACUGAAGCGGAGACUGUCCCAGAGGCUCAAAGUGCCCAAGGAGAGGCUGGCUCUCUUGCAUAAAGAAAGUCGGCUCAGCUCUGGAAAGCUGCAGGAUUUGGGGGUCGUGGAAGGAAGCAAACUGACGCUUGUCCCCACGGUGGAAGCUGGCUUGAUGUCUCAGGCAUCCAGACCAGAACAGUCAGUGAUGCAGGCUCUGGAAAGCUUAACUGAAACUCAGGUCAAUGACUUCCUGUCCGGAAGGUCCCCGCUGACGCUGGCCCUGCGGGUCGGCGACCACAUGAUGUUCGUGCAGCUCCAGCUGGCAGCUCAGCAGAGUGGGGGGCAGCUCCAGCAUCGGCAUGUCAUCGCCAGCCGGGGGGAGCCCGGGGCAGCGGCCGGCCCCACCCCCCAGUGCAGGACGCUGCACGGAGGGACCAGCUCCAACUUCGCCCGCAUCCCCGUGGUGCCCACCUGCCAGCAGAGCCCCGCCCCCAGCCCUGCCCCCUCGGCACAGGCCACACCCAUGUACUGUAACGCCGCCCACCCCGCCCCCGUCACAGCCGGGAUGUUCCGGUCGCAUGGGGCCAGCACGCAAACGGUUAACAGCAGUGUCGUCUCCUCCUGCUCAGAGGUGGACUGUAGCGCCCGGAGUAACAAUUCUGCCGGCAGCAACCCAGCCCCAACAAGCCGAUCCCGCAAACCUGGCGCAGUCAUAGAGAGCUUCGUUAACCACGCUCCUGGGGUCUUCUCAGGGACCUUCUCUGGCACUUUGCACCCCAAUUGCCAGGACAGCAGCGGGCGGCCCCGGCGUGACAUCGGCACCAUCCUUCAGAUCCUCAAUGACCUCCUGAGCGCCACGCGGCACUACCAGGGCAUGCCUCAGUCCCUGACGCAGCUGCGGUGUCAGACGCAGUGCGCCCCCUCCUCGCCCCCACCCUCCCCGGACCCCGCCAGCAAAACUACCUCAGAGAAGCUGACGUCCGCGACCGCCGUGGCCUCGCAGCCCCUGCACUCCGUGGUCCAGUGCCAGAGCCAAAUCAGGAUGUGCAAGCCCAGUGGUGACCGUCUGCGGCAGACCGAGAACCGCGCCACCCGCUGCAAGGUGGAGCGCCUGCAGCUGCUGAUGCAGCAGAAAAGGCUGCGUCGGAAGGCACGGCGGGAUGCCCGGGCCCCAUACCACUGGCUGCCAAAUCGCAAGUCCAGCCGGACCAACAGCAACAGCAGCGUGUCUAGCGAAGGCAGCCUGGACCUAGACUUCGAGGAUUCAGUGUGGAAGCCUGAAGUCAAGGCAGACCUGAAAUCAGAAUUUGUCGUAGCAUAGACCCCAGACUGAUAUGAACGAACAGGGCUUGUGGUGGGACGGAUCCCGCCGGGGAGAGCCAGGACUCUCAUCUCUUCAGUCCCAUCGCUCGGAUCUCCUCUGUAUUCGCUGGAUGCCUGGGGUGGACCUGGGCGACGUCUGUCGGAAAAGCGUGGAGGGGUUGCCCCAUUUUUGAUUUUUGUUCGUUUGUUCCUGGUUUAUUUUUCAGAGGGAAGGGGAUGGGGUGGGGAAGGGAGCUCUCCAGGACACGUGAUGCGGGGAGACGAAGAGCUGGAGUUUCAAGCUGGCGAACUGGAUUUUGUUUUGUUCCCGUUUGAAUAAUAAGUGGACUUUAACAUGUCUGCCUUACACCGCCGCCGAACCAAUAAAGCCAACGCACGAGAAACUGAACGGAGCCCGUCUGGCGAGUGGGACAGGCUCCGGACUUCCUACUUUUUUUGCAGAGCGGAGCUCGCUCGUCGGAGGGAGAGGGGAACUGUGGUUUAUCAAAGCUGCUCAUUUUGCUGUGAAAGACCCAAGCAUGCACAGUACAGGCAGGCGCUCCCUGGAGGCUCGGAGCCUGGUGCUCACUAUAUAUAUAUAUAUUUUGGGGUGGGGAGGGCUGCUGUGCAUGCUUGGGCCACGUGGGAUCCCAGAAUUUGGGGGCUGUUUAUUUUUCCUUCCCUCUUUAUAUGUAGCAUUGCUCAGCUGAUUUUAAUUUUAUUUUUUAAACAAAUCCAACCCCAUCCCACCUCCACACAGUUAGGUUGCAGAAGAACCCACAUGCACUUUACAGGUCUCAGUUGUGAAGUAGUGCCCGGGGCAGCCCCCUCACCCCCCAACAGCUUUGUGCUGGCUUUUGGAGAUCUUUGUUACGGACCCUCAGAGGAGAUGCUAUGGGCAUCCUCCUCACCCCCCCCCCCCCAGUGUGUUUAUUCCCCACCCCCACUCCCUGCUAUAAUUUUUUUAUUUUGGUUGUUUGGGUUUUUUUGGGGUGUGUGUGUGUGUGUGUGUACUUAAUUUUGACUCCUUGCAGCAGCAAAGGUGGCUUGCUUUAUUUUCUAUGGAAGAGGGAGGGAAAAUAAAUAGAUUUCCCCUCUGCUGUAGAGACCAACUUUUUACUUUCAGAAGUUUUUUUUUUUUUUUUUUUUUUCCCACCCAGCUGUUGGUUGUGUUUUUUAACUUAAAGGAAAAUUUAAGAAAAAAAAUAAAUAAAUCCAGUACUUGGUAAUGGGUGUUUGCAGGCCUUGGGGCUAAUAUUUAUAGACAUUAAUAACUUGACUGAGCCAGUACUGACCUAGUGUUGCCUAGACCGUAGAAAUCCUUUUUCCUGUCCCGUUUUUUUCUUUCUUCACUCUCCUUCCCCUGUCAGGAGAUCUGUGCAAAUAGAAAAACCCCACGUGAUGUGUUUUUUGUCUGUAAAAGUCUUUUGUGUGUG